AUGAAUCUCACAGACACAGUUUGCUGCGCCUUCGAGUCUCCCAUCCUGGACCAGGUUUUGCCUCCGAUUCUGAUCCUGGAGUUCAUGUUUGGCCUGAUGGGGAACUUUGUGGCGCUGUGGAUGUUCAUCUUCCACAUGGAUGAGUGGAAGCCCAACGCCGUGUACCUCACCCACCUGGCCGUGGCCGACUCCAUCGUGCUGUUCUGCCUCCCUUUCAGAGCCGACUACUACAGACGUGGCAAACACUGGCUCCACGGUGACGUCCCGUGUCGCAUCCUGCUCUUUCUGCUCGCGGCCAACCGGGCAGCAGGGAUCUUCUUCCUCACAGCUGUAGCUGUAGACCGCUACUUCAAGAUCGUCCACCCGAUGAACCGCAUCAAUCGGAUGGGCCUUGGCUAUGCCCUCUGGGUCUCGCUCGGCCUCUGGUUUCUGAUAUUUCUCGCCACUGGGUACCUCCUCGCUGAUGAGCAUUUCUUCUUCAACAGCAACCGGACGCAGUGUGAGAGUUUCAACAUCUGCAUGGGCUUCAGCCCCCUCUCCACCUGGCACAACACUUUCUAUGUCGUCCAGUUUUUCCUGCCCACUGCGAUCGUGGCCUUUUGCACCAUCAGGAUCACGUGGCAGCUGAGGACCAGGACCGUGGACAAGAAGGGGAAAAUCAAGCGGGCGGUGCAGUUCGUCUUGGCCGUGGCUUUGAUCUUCAUCACCUGUUUCUUCCCCAGCACGAUAUCGCGCAUCGCAGUGUGGAUCCUCAAGGUGUGGUACGACGAGUGCAGGUACUUCAAAGAGGCCAACCUGGCCUUCUACACGUCGGUGUGCUUCACCUACUUCAACAGCGUCCUCAACCCUGUGGUCUAUUAUUUCUCAAGUCCUGCCUUCAGUGGCUCCUUCAAGAAGGUCCUGAACAAAGUGCUGAGGAGGAGCGACGACAAAGAUCCAGCAGAACUAUCUGAAAAUAACAUUUCCACCGUUGAUGGUAGAAGGAUAUGA